GGGGAGAAGGAGGAGAAGAGCAGGAGUGAGCAGGAGCAACGAAACAACGAGAGAUGAGAGAGGAAAAAUAAUGCAAAUAGGGAUGAAAACAAUCGUGAAUUAAUUUUGCUCGAAAUUUAAUUAAUUGUUUAGACAAUUCUAUUGAGAUAAACCAUGAAACGAAUGAAUGGAAUCCAUUGUGCGCUGCACCUGCUCUUCCUCUUGGUGCUUUUCUCCAGCGUCGUGGAAUGUGGGAACAAUAAAUAUUCAAAAGAGGCCAACAUGAAUUACGAAAAGGAGGCCAAAUUAGACCUAUCCUACUUUAGGAACCUGCAGUCGCCGUUCAGAAUGGCCAAAGUUAACAUUCUGUGGUCAAAGGCUCAGAAAAGAUUGACAGAAUCAAAGCUCAAGUCGCUCUUCAGCGAACUGAAAAUCCACGACAAAGAGGAGCUCACUUUCAAGAAAAUGAAGUCUGACGGUGGGGACAAGGAAGGUUUAAAAGAGGCAGAGAUGAGGAAAAAAUUAAUAGGGAUAAUGAGCACUUAUGGGUUAUUGGAGCACUUUGAAGACGUGAAUGACCCAAAGAAGCUCAAAACACCUGAUAACCACCCAGCUUUCAACGAAGCAGGUGACGAACAUCUAAACAAAUUAGUCUUCCGAGACAAGAAACUGAACAAGCUGUGGAUGAAAGCUGAAAAAUCUGGGUUUACAACUGCUGAAUUAAAAACAUUACAUGAGGAAUUCACCCACCACCAGGACAAAAUUGAUCAGUAUCACGGCCUGCUCUCCGACAUCGAGCAAGGAAAUGUUGCAAAUUCUCUCGAUGAAGAAAACACUGGUUUCAAUGAUAUUGAGCAAGUCGAGGAGAAAGAGAAGAAAUACUCUGGCCAAGCAAAAAAAUUAAAAGCACACCACCAAGAAAUUCGUGAUGGCUAUGAUAGGCUUCAUCGUUUGGCAGCACAAGGACCUGAUAAUAAAGAGUUCGUUGAGCCUAAAGUGCAGGGACUCUGGAGAAUUGCUGCCCAGUCAAAUUUCACAACUCACGAACUCGAAUCGCUAAGAGUGGAACUUCUGCAUUAUGAAAAUAGACUGCUGAAGCUCAGACAUCUCCAAGUUGAGGCUGAGAUUCACAAGGACAGGUUGAAAUCCGAGAUGGACGGGAAGAUGUCUGAAGAGGCGCUGACCCAGAUGGACAAGAUCAAGAAGCAAGUCAGAAAGGCAGAGAAGCUUCAUUACGAUUUAGAAUCUCGCAUCUUGUCCAGGCACAAUGAGCUGUGAAGUUUUGCGCUUGCCGAAAGAUUUAGGAACAAUUAUUGCAUUUUGUCCAUAUUUGGUCUUACUAAUAAAUGAUAAUUUUGACUUGAAAUUUAAAAAAAUAA